CCCCCGCCGCAUCUCUAUAGCUCGCCUUCAGCCGCCAGUAGCACAACCGGUGCUAACAUUAAUCAACAUCCUCCUUCUUUACAGCAGCAGCAGAGUUCCAACCUUUCUAACGUCGCAUUUGAUCCUCAUCAGCCGCAGAGCGAAUUUAACGACGCUGGCCUGGGCCGUUCGCAGAGUAUCCGUUAUAGCGCUGCCACGCCCUAUAACCUCCAGACCUCAUCUGUAGAGGACCUGAACCGUUACGGCCAAAUUCCACCCCAGCAGCUGCAACAACAACAGCAGCAAGCGCAGGCACAGGCACAGGCCCAAGCACAAGCACAACAGCAAACAGCUCCUGCUGAGAAGCGCUCGACUCGAAAAUUGAUUAAGGGCAUAUUUUCUGGGUCCAAUCGUGGGGCAUCCGACGGCCACCACCACCAUAGCAUAAGCAUCGGCCACAGUAACAACCAAUCCUACGAUAAUACUGGCGGCCUUGCACGUCGGCCUUCCAAGCGGGUCCAGCAGCUCCCGGAGAGUCAACGUUCCCCUUUACCCCAGCUUUCGUCUCGCCAGGGUCUCGACGAUAUUAAUGAACACUAUACCGCGCAUCAAUCUAACCAGCCAUCACCUUCACAGACUUCACGAAUUUCGCUCCACAACACCAUUCGCCAAGUCUCUGGUGAAGCAGAUCAACAGCAACAGCAGCAGCAGCCUUCUUACGAGGACGCCGCCUAUCACCAGAACCAGAGCCAGGCCCCGCUACAGCAGCCGCAAACCCACGUUCAGCUACAUACGGAGGACCAACAACCACAAAGCGCUUACGAGACGAACGUGUACGACCAGCAACAAUCACCUCUCAACCCACCACAGCAUUCGCCUUCGCAACAGCCUUACCAGUUCUCAAACGCUCAACAGCAAGGCAACUAUCACCAGGGUGGUAACCAAGGUGGAGAUCUCCGAUCAGUUCCCGCACACUUGGGCCCCAGCGCACAGUUUCAGAACCCUGAAACAGUCUCUCAGUUCUCGCAUGAAUCGCCUGUCGCCGACUCGGACCAGCGUUCGGCCAAACUGCAAUCAGCAACCAACUCUCCCGCUGUGAACCACGCACUGUAUAUACAGAAUCAAGGUUCAACCCCGAGCCUUCCUCCUGCUCAACAGACAGCCACUCAGCCGCAGCAACCCGGUAUGGCACCACCGACCGGAGGACCUCCAUCCGCGCGCCGUCCUGACUCCGAAAAGCUGCGUGGGCAGGCCGAUGUCCCCGGUGGCCCGCCCCCCACUUACCGUCCCGCCAACUCUAUGAACAACAUGAACCCACUACCUCCCGUGCCGCCACAGUCGGCCGGCCAGACACCGGCCUACCGUAGCGAUCGCCCAUCUCCCUAUGAGGGUCAACCCGUAGAUCAAGGAAGGGACAGCCCCCAGCCAGUAUCUGCAGUUCCCGCUGAGGCUGGCGAAAAUGACAAGUCUUUUAAGGACCUGUUAACUAAAUACAAGAACGUCAAGAGACUCUACUUUGAUGGCAAGGGACAGAUUGAGGCCCUCAAUGGUCAAAUCGUGCAUCUCCAGAAUGCAGUCGCCAACCAGCGCAUGUCGCAAUCGCGUACCGCUCUCGAUGACAGUGAAUACUCGACACGAUUCAACCGACUCAAUGGUGCCAUUAACAACCUCUCGUUCAACAUUCGAAAAGAUUGGCGGUGCGUGCCGCAAUGGCUCGACAAGUAUGUCAGCACAGAAGCACUCAAAACUGGAAAGGCUGAGAUGACAGCUAUUGGACGCGCUGUGAUCUCACGUUGGAUCAUGGAGGAGGUGUUCAACAAGUGUUUCCACCCCGGAUUGGAUGCGCAGCUGAGCCAAUCUCUCAAGGAGAUUGAGCUGGGCAUUCGAAGCAACACGCAUACUUUGACUAGUCAGGAAGAGUUCGACGCCUUGACGAACAAGAUUGUGAGCUGGCGGAUGACAUCAUUGGACGGUUUGCACCGACAGCUCAACUCAGCGGCUGCGAACGAUAAUCGCAAUGCAUUUAUCGCCAAGUCAACGGCAUCCCUGACUAGCUGUCUUUACCAGUUCCUUUGCAACCCGCCACCACCUGGCGUGGACGGUAGCGCAUCAAUGAUCGUGGAGCUUGCGGUGGGCAUUGCAGCCAACCUUCCCCUGGAGAGUCGGGAUGUGGCUAUUACCUACCCGUUGCCUGGAGAGAUCGUCCAGCCGCAUGUGAUGGAGGUUGAGAAGGCUGCCUUGCCAGUAUUGGAGGCUCAGAAGGGAGAGGGAGAGGGCGACGACAAGGACGGCGACGACGAAAAGAGCGGCAAAGCUAAGACUGGUACGUUGAAUAAUGCAGCCCCGCCCGAGAGCGGGGAGGGUAACGAUGCUUCGAAGAGCGCAAUGAAGGAUGCUGACAAGGACACUUUUGUAGCGGCCCUGCCGAAGGACUCGAACAGGGUGCGAUUCGCAGGAUUUAUGGCGUUGGAAGUACGAGGGAGACAAGUUCUGAUGAAGGCGCCUGUCUGGACUCUGUGA